AUGUCGGUAGUCAACGGAGCAUUUCAAUUAGGCGUUGACGCGCCUUCGUUUACUUCGACUUGUAUGCACGAAGUCAUAUGGAUCUACUUGGUCGUGUACUUGGGGGCAACGUUAUUAGCUAGUGUUAUAUACAUAAUUAUUGGGUCGCUUUGGGUUUCGGUACCAAUGUUUCCAUCAUUGGAAUAUGUUAGCAAUUAUCAAUGGUGCAUUCGAAGAAUCUUCUAUGAACUUCAGGAUGGAAAGGAGCCAUUAAUUGAUGGUAUGCUUGGUUUUUUUGUAUUAUUUGUUUUUCCUUUUAAUGUAUGAUGGAAUAUACCUGCGACAACGAAUUUCACUUCCACUAUAAACAUAAAUUUUAUAUUUCUAAUCAAACUAAGGAGAAUAUACUUUCAGAAUACACGGACAUGAACCAAAUUGCCAUCGAGAUGCUAAAUCAGAAUCGAUUUGUAUGUUCACCACCCGCAAAGCAGAGCAAUAGCUUCAUGGGUUCGGUCGGAUACAGCCCUCGCGGUUUCAAGGAAAAACAACAAUAA